AUGGAUGUGAAGUACGAUGUAUGCGUGUGCGUUCUUGAGGAUCCACUCACUGGAGGAAAUCCGCGAGCACAGUUCCAGUGCAACUUCUCAAAGUCUAUAACUUCGAUUAUCCGGACUUACGACCGCCGAAGAGGAUUGGAAAGCCUUAAGCCCUUCGUCGUUGCCAACUCGUUGGUUUUCCACUUGGUCGAUAUUCCAUACGCCGGAUGCUGUUAUGACAUCGUAAACAAAUCAGGUGAUAUGCUGCUUCAAGGGAAAAUGAAGACUGAAGUGUGGCGCGGACGUAGUGAGCCCAACAAACGUGACAUCCCGGACAGGCUCACGUCUUCCAACGCCACCGUGAGCAAAGUACAGAAACAUCUGUGGACUUGGUACAAAGAAGCAUUCAGCUGCAGUCCAGUGCUUCCAUGGUGCCCCAAAUUCCGUCUGCAUAUGGAUGACCACCGUUUUUUACAUCUCGUGCAAUGUCCCGUGUCGUCGCACGACGAGCUUCUGGAGAGCGUUUACUGCGACGUUGUAUCCAUCGAUAGACUCGUCGCGUCGAGACCCGUGAGUACCAAAUCUUUUUCUCUGGAAUCCCGAACGGGGCUGGGAGCGAAAUGA